AUGGACGGAGGCGGAGUGACGGGUUUGGAGGAGGCGACCGGCGGGGACCAGAGCGUGGCAACGCCAAUGACGGAGCGCAAGCGGGAGAAGCAGAUGGAGGUGUUCGUGGGCGGCCUGGACAAGGACGCGGCGGAGGAGGACGUCAAGCGCGUCUUCGGCCGCGUCGGGCAGAUCGCGCACGUGCGCCUGCCGCGCGACGCCGCGACGGGGCGCAACAAGGGCUACUGUUUCGUGCAGUACGCCACUGAAGGCGCCGCACGCCGUGCCGCCUCUGAACUGGACCGAAUAGUGGUGCGGGGGAGGCCAGUGGGGGUGUUGGGCGGCGAGCAGGAGGACACGCUGUUCAUCGGGAACAUCAACAAGACGUGGUCCAAGGCCAAGAUAGAGGCGGUGCUGGUGGGGAGCGGCGUGGGGGCGUGGGAGGCGCUGACGUUCAUGGAGGACCCGCAGCACGCGGGGCACAACCGCGGCUUCGCCUUCCUCGAGUUCGCCUCGCACCGCGCCGCCGCCGCCGCCAAGCAGCGCCUGCAGCAGGCGGACGUGAGCCUGGGCGUGGACCGCCCGCCCCGCGUGUCGUGGGCCGCGCCCCUCAACGAGCCCGACCAGCGCGUCAUGGCGCAGGUGCGCGUGCAGUGCGGGCAUGGCACAGUGACUCAUAUCGCUGUACGUCUGUCAUCAUCCCCCUCGCACCCGCUCUUCACCCGCCUGCGUCUCUCCCCCGGACGGCAGGUGAAGAGCAUUUUCGUGGAUGGCAUGCCGCCCUCGUGGGACGAGCCACGGGCGGCGGGGUUUUUCGGGAGAUACGGGCAGAUAGAGCGUGUGGUGCUGGCGCGCAACCUGCCAUCCGCCAAGCGGCAGGACUACGGCUUCAUCAACUACACCACUCGCGAGGCUGCCCUCGCUGCCAUUGCUGCUCUCAAUGGCUCACAAGUGGUGGAUGGAAGUUUUCAGGCAAGUGCUUCCAUUUUUAUGAGUGCUGCGAUGCCCAUGUGUGUGCUGCUCACGCCCAUGUCUGCCCCACCCCACCACCCCCUUCGCCCCCUCUGCGUGUCUCACCAACCCAUGCCUGAGUCCGCCUGCCGCUCCACCCCUCUUCCCCCCCUGCAGAUGAAGAUGCGUGUGACUCUGGCGAAGCCGCAGGACCGCAAGCCGCGCCACCCGCCUCCCAGCGGCAGGGCGGGAGGGGGGGAGCAGCGCAGGGCGGGCAUGGGGGACGGCAGCGUGACUGCGCUGCUGGAGGCGCUGAGGGAGCAGGCAGAGCGCGAGGAGCGCGGAGAGGGCGCGCAGGAGGCCCAAGCAGGGGAGGGGGAAGGCGCAGCGGGAAAAGCGGAGGCAGGGGCGGAGGUGAAGCAGGAAGGUGGUGGCGAUGGGGGGAGCGCAGUGGGGACGGGCAGUGCACUGGAGGGGGGGGUGGGGGGAGGAGAGGGGGAGAAGCCGGAAGGAGGAGGAGGGGUGGGGGAGCAGGAGGGAGGGUUGGCAGGGAGUGCAGCGGCGGCAGUGGAAGCAGCUUUGGCAAAUGAAUCCAAGGGCACGGGCGACGGAGAGGGGGACGCGGAGGGGGAAGCAGGGGAGGAAGGGGCAGAGGGGGAGGCGGGGACGCCAGGGAAAGCGCGUGCGGGGGAGAGGGAGGGGAAGAACACGGCAGGGCUGAACCGGUUUGAGUGUGCGGUGUGUGUGUUUGGGUCGGACGACGAGAGCGAGUACCUGUCGCACCAGCUGUCGCGCGUGCACAGCAUUGUGAGCAUGUUCCGGCAGGACCUCAAGCUGUCCAACAAGACACCCCUCAGCAUGCUCAACGAGCUUGCUAUGCGCAACAAGAUCGAGGUGAGAUGCCCUUGCAUGUCCCACCAGCUGUCGCGCGUGCACAGCAUCGUGAGCAUGUUCCGGCAGGACCUGAAGCUGUCCAACAAGACGCCCCUCAGCAUGCUGAAUGAACUCGCCAUGCGCAACAAGAUCGAGGUGACGUACGAGCUCAAGGGCGAGCCCACAGGCCCCUUUGACGCGUCCGCAUCACUAGGGGGAGGCCCCAACGCCAUCCCGUGGGUGUGUGGCGAGGCGCGCGCGGGCAUGAAGCUGCGCGCCAAGCAGAUGGCGGCGGCUGCUGCGCUGGAGUCGCUGCUGCAGGCGGGCGUGGGGGAGAGCGAACUCACCCGCCCAGGGCAGGCGCGGCUGAAGCAGAUGGGCAAGGGCAAGGGCGGCAGAGGCUCGCCUGGAGGGGCGCAGCGCGGGGGGCGAGGGGCGUAUGGGGGGCGCGGAGGGGGGGAUAGGGGGCGCGCGGAUAGGGAUGGUGGGGGUUAUGGGGGGUGGGGGACAGGGGACGUGGAAAGGGGAGUGGGUGGGUAUGGUUCGUUGGGGGUGUACGGGGGAGGGGCGAUUGGUGGCGGUUUGGGGGAGGCGGCAGCGGGGGAGAGUUAUGCGGAGAGGCUGGGGCGCAUUCAGGGCAUGCACUAUGUGAUGCGCUCUGGCCUGCCUCCUGUCUCGCCUAGCAUGCAGCCUCUUGCUCCUCCUGCUGCCCCUCCGCUGGGUGCUGGCUUGGGUGCAGCGGCAGGGGGGUAUGGUGCUCCCAGCACUGGAUAUGCCGGCUCUGGGGCUGCAGGGGCUGCUUAUGGGGGGCAGUAUGGUGGUGGGCAAUACAGUGCGGUGCAGUAUGGUGGAGCGCAGUACGGAGGCAAGUAUGGGGGGGCUCAGUAUGGUGGCUCACAGUACAGUGCGGUGCCGUACGGUGGGGCGCAGUAUGGAGGGGCGGCGUACGAGGGGCAGUACGGGCGGACAGAGGGAGCAGCGAGUGGAGGGAAGCGGCCAUAUCUCCCUGCUGACAACCCUGACGCCCUUCACACCAGCCAGCGACCACGCACCGACCCCUACGCUCCCCCUGCUCCCCCCACACGCUCUGCCUACUCCAACCCCCCGCCCACACACCCCUACAGCGCGCCUCCGCCCCCGCACUCCUACUCCACGCCUCCCGCUCAUCCCUACACCAACCCACCCCCAGCACAUCCGCCCCCCUCCAACCCUCCUCCCUCCUACCCCUCUGCGCACACCUACCCCGCCCCACCCUCUUACCCGCCGUCCUACUCCUACCCUCCUGCCCCCGCUGCUCCAUACGGCACUGGGAGUGCACCGGCAGCAGCAGCACCAGCGCCACCCCCGUACUACCAGCAGCAGCACCCACAGGCACAGCAGGGGGCCGGGGCGGGCAGUGGCAGCAGCGCAGGCGGUGCAGAGCGCUCGUACGCACACUCUCACCACUACUCCACCCAGCCGCAGCCGCAGCAGCAGCAGCAGCAGCAGCAGCAGCAGCAGCAGCAGCAGCAGCAGCAGCCCUAUCAGCAGCCUUACUCGCAGCAGCAGCCGCCACCCCCACAGCAGCCAUACCAGCCGCCAUACCAGCAGCCACAGCAGCAGCAGCAGCAGCAGCAGGGUUAUGAUCAGAAGCCUCCACAGCAGCAGCAGCAGUCGGCAGCAGGGGGGGCAGAUAGAGGCCGCGGUGGAGAGGGAGGGGGGCAGCAGCAGGGAGUGAAGCGAGAGGGGGGAGGACAGGGGGGCUAUGCAGGAGGGCCAGCGCCUCCCAGCACUGCAGGCGGUUACGGGGGUGCGUAUGGGGGCGCGUAUGCAGGCCUGUAUGCUAACACCCAUGCUGCCACCACUUCCGCCGCUCCUGCUCCUCCCGCCGCUCCUGCUCCUCCCGCCGCCCAUUCUUCAGCAGCGCCGCCCAACCAUUCUCAGCCGCCAACGUCUGCCGGCCAGUCCCCUGCGCCUGCAGGUGGUGCGGGCGGUGGCGGGGGGGCAGCGGGUGCAGGGGGUGCGACGGGGACGAGUGCAUACGGGCAGUAUGCGUCGGUGCCCACCACCUACUACUGA